AGAAAAAUGACUUCACUAGCGUUCAUCUUCCUGCUCGCUUUUGUCCCAGCUGAACCUGCAAGCAGCAGAUACCUCCCCAAGGCAGCAAGUAACCCCGUGUUUGGACCACGGCAGGUAUAUGGUCUGGUCAACGGGUCAGUUACCGUGGAAUGCUUCUACCCUCCCACUCGCGUGAACAGACACGACAGAAAGUAUUGGUGCCGGGAAUCGUCCAUGGGCUGCAUGACCAUUGUCUCCACCAGUGGCUACACCGCUCCAGGCUACCAAGACAGAGCCUUCAUCACUGACUACCCACAGGCAGAAAACUUCCAGAUCAAUAUCUCCAGGCUUACAAUGGCAGACACAGGCACCUACCAGUGUGGGAUUGGUAUCAACGGCAGAGGCCUCUCCUACAAAGUCAAUCUGGAUGUUUCUAAAGGUCCACACAUACCCGAGGGAGCUGAGCUCUUCUAUGUGAAGCUGCACGGGACUGUGACCAUGUCCUGCAGCUUUGGGAACAGUAGCGUGAGCAUGAGGAAAUUCUUGUGCAAACUGGAGAAACACAGUUGCCGUAACAUCAUCGAUAGCCAUGGAAUGGUUGACAAGGAUUACAUCGGGCGAGUUCUGCUGAGCAACGAGAAGCCUCUGGGCUCAUUCAGCAUCACGAUGACUCAGGCAGACUGGGAAGACUCUGGCCUGUACCUGUGCGGGGUCGGCGUCUAUGGGCAGAGCGGGGAGACGAAGGAACUGGAUGUGCAUGUUUAUGAGGAGACAAGUGUUCCUCAAGGAAAGCCCACAAUAUUUGGAGUAAAAGGAAGUUCAGCAACUUUUGAUUGCCACUAUGAGGUUCUAAAAACGUCUGUAGAGAAGUACUGGUGCAAGUGGAAAGAGAUGGGGUGUACUCGGAUCAUAGACAGCUCUGGGUUUGUGUCGCCUGCGUAUGAAGGAAGAGUGGCCAUGUUCGACAGCCCCAAUAACAAGACACUCACCAUCAUCCUGAACCAGCUGAAGGACAGGGACGCAGGCUAUUUCUGGUGCAUGACAGAUGAGGUGAAGGAGCAGCAAUCAUCAACAGAGCUGAAGAUCAUAGAAGGAGAACCUGGACUGACAGGAAAGAAGGAAGUGGAGGCACAAGUGGGUUCACGGGUUGAUUUAACUUGCUCUUAUCCAUGCAAGUACUACUCCUACGAGAAGUACUGGUGCAAGUGGAGCAACAACGGCUGCACCACCAUGCCUGCUUCUGACCAAAGACAGCCGGGGCCAGGCGUUACCUGUGACACUGACAACAAGACAGUGAUCCUAAGCUUUGACUCGGUGGCAAAGGCAGACGAAGGGUGGUACUGGUGUGGAGUGAAGCACAAUGACGUCUUCGGGGAAACCAUGGCAGUCUACCUGCAGGUGACUGAAGGCAGCCCUGCCAGCCACGACCUAGAUCUCCUGGACGUCGAUGCCCCCAGCCACGGCGAGGGUGGCUUUGUUCCCCAAGGAAGAGCUGGGGUGGGAAGCAUAGCUUCCUCGGAAAGCUCUGCUGAAAGCCGCGGCCCCCAUAUAGUUCUGUUAGUCCUGGGCCCUCUUGGUGCUGUGGUCCUGAUCCUCGCCACAGCUUUUGCCGUUUUUAAAUACAGGCAGCUGAAGAGAUCUGACCUGGUGUCCGUCGGGAGCUACAGGACAAACAUCAGCAUGUCGGACUUCGAAAGCGUGAAGGAGUACAGCGCAACCAAUAACGCCUGCGUGAAGGAGACCCAGGAGACACAGAUAGGAGGGGACGAGUUAAUCACCACCACGGCCGCCCCAGAAAGCGCUGCUGAGACAAAGAAGGCAAAAAGGAGCUCCAAGGAGGAUGCUGACCUUGCCUACUCCGCCUUCCUCCUCACCUCCAACAGCAUCACACAGGGCGGCACUGAGGGGGAAAGCGCUGCCCCAGCCGUGGCCCCCCCGAACUGGGAGGGACGGAUCUGA